AUGGACGAACUAUUAGAUGUGGCAGUCAUUGGGGCCGGUAUGGCCGGGAUCAUUGCCGCGCGCGACCUCAGCGCGAAAGGCCACAAGGUGGUCUUGUUAGAGGCCCGUGAUAGAGUGGGAGGACGAACGUAUAUGGAUAGCGCUUGUGGCGACGUCCUCGAGUUGGGAGGGGCCUUUGUACACUGGACGCAACCCCACAUUUGGAAUGAGCUCCGGCGCCAUGGAAUUCUCGUGAACCCUCCGAUAGAGGUGUGCCGGCAUUACUGGCUUGCCGAUGGAGUCGUGCACUCUGGCAGCGCCGAAGACUUCUCUGGCAUUGUGUCUCCGCUCUUAGAAAGAAUGUUUGCAGACAGCCGGGCUCGAUUCCCGAUGCCUUUUGACCACACUGCAAUCAACAACGCUGAUAUUGAAAAGGAGACAAUUGAGGACCGCAUCAAUUCGUUGAAUCUAUCUUCAUAUGAGCGUGCUGUGUUGGAAGGGGCAUUGUCUGGCGUGGUACAUUCCUACAAAGAUCAUGGCAUUGCCCAGCUGCUCCAAUCUGCGGCCACGUAUUUUGGUAAUUUUGGAGCCUUUUUCGAGACAGCUGGUAGCUGGAGCAUUCAAGGCGGCACCAAGGGUCUUAUCGACUCUAUUCUGUCUGAGACAACCGCCAAGAUAUGCCUUUCGACUCCAGUAACCUCCAUCAUCGAUGAAGGCUCCCAAGUUACGAUUAGCACUCGAGAUGGCCAAACGAUCCGUGCUCGUUCGACAAUCGUUGCGCUCCCUCUGAACACCAUUGGUGACGUGCACAUUUCACCAAGUCUACCCCCCGUGGCACGAUCGAUGAUCGCAAAGAAGAAUCCAACCAUGGCUGGAAAGAUAUGGAUCCGGAUCCGGGGUGAGAUUGAGCCCUUUUCUAUCACUGCACCGGCCGGCAAAUCUCCGCUCAAUGCUUUGAGAACAGAGAGAUACGUCAAUGGAGAUACCCUCAUUUUUUGCAUGUGCUGCGAUGAUGCUGAAAUUCGUGCCAAAGAUUCGCAGGGAGUGCAAGAUGUACUCCGAAUGUUUAUCCCUGGAAUUGAGGUGGUCGAUAUUGCAUACCAUAGUUGGGCGACCGAUGAAUUUGCCAAAGGAGGCUGGAUGAUGAAUCGACCUGGAUUUUUCACGACUGGAGCAGUGGAUCUCAGAAAGCCACAUGGCAAUAUUCAGUUCGCAGGAGGUGAUAUUUCUGACAGUGAACCGGGCUCUAUUGAGGGUGCUAUGUCAAGCGGCGCACAGGCAGCUAGUAAUGUCUCUUUCAGGUUGGCCAAGAACAGCUUUUAG